ACUGGUAAAGAGAGAGAGAGAUGAAGAGAGAGCGCUUUACUGCAGUAUCACUACAUUUCAGCGUCACUCAUCAAAGCUCUGCGGCAUGCUGACGAGAACGGCAGAUGCCGGGGUUGUACCGAGUGUAGUGUCAACAUUAACUGUAAUUAGAUACCCUAGCACGGAGCUGCCAGAUUGUCAUCCUUCUUGCAAAGCAGCUCUUCAUUUGUGCACUUGAUAGCGGUUUUCUGCUUUCUAUCUGAGUAAUUGGCACCCGUUUGUUUCCAGAGCAACUCUGUAACAAGUUUUGUAGUGUAGGCCUACCUCACAGCUAGAUACUUCACAUAUCACCCUAACAACUAUCUACAUUAGGCUAUAAAGCCCGGUAAUAAAAACAUCUAGAAAUGGCAAAAGAUGCCGAGAAGAGCACUUGGAAGGACACCAUAUGGAACCCCAGUACGCGGGAAUUUUGUGGCAGGACAGCGAGCAGCUGGGGCCUCAUCCUGCUCUUCUACCUAGUGUUCUACAUCUUCCUAGCAGGCAUGUUCUGCCUCACCAUGUAUGUCAUGCUGCAGACGUUGGAUGACCACAAACCCACCUGGCAAGACAGGCUUGGCACACCAGGCAUGAUGAUCAGACCCAGGGGAGACACCAUGGAGAUCAACACCCACAACACUGAGAGCUGGGACAUGUAUACCAAAACCCUGGACAACUUCCUCUCCUUCUACAACAACUCUCUGCAGGCUGAAAAGAAUGACAAGUGCACACCGGACCAGUAUUUUAUUCAGGCAGACAGCGGUGAUGUGAAGAACAUCCCCAAGCGCUCCUGCCAGUUCAACCGAUCCCUUCUACAAGAAUGCUCUGGCCUCAAUGACCGUACCUAUGGAUACCAGGCGGGCAAGCCAUGCAUCAUCAUCAAGCUGAACCGGGUCAUUGGGAUGUUGCCAGGAAAGGAUGGCCAGGCUCCAUUUGUCACUUGUGGAGCGAAGAAAGAAGACUCUGAUAAGAUUGGAAAGGUGGCGUACUACCCUGAAAAUGGUGCCUUCAACCUCAUGUACUACCCUUACUAUGGCAAGAAAGCUCAGGUGAACUACUCCCAGCCUCUGGUUGCCAUUAAGUUCCUCAACAUCACCCUCAACGAAGACAUCAACAUUGAGUGCAGGAUCAUCUCCAACAACAUUCCUCCUGGGAGUGAAAGAGACAAGUUUGCUGGAAAAGUGUCUUUCAAACUGAGGAUCAACACUAAACAAUAGAUGUACAUUCUCUUUCUCUCACAAAUAUUCACACCGACAUGCUGUGCACAGGUACACACACACAUACAGAAACAGAUAACAGAAUUAACACCCUCAGUUUGACGAAUAGAAUAUGUUUACAACUUUCAUUCACCCUCGAUGUCGGGCAUUGUAUGCCCAGUUUAGUGAUGUCAGAUUGGUGCAGUAAAAAGGGGUUAAUUCU